AUGUCCUUUCUCCCCGACGAACUAUGGCGGCGAAUUCUAGAUAUCGGAAUCGAAAGCAGCGGUUUCAACUACAAGGAUCUCUGCUGCGUCUCCAUCUCAUGCCGCCGCCUUCGUCGGCUCUCCUCCGAAGACCUUCUUUGGAACCACCUUCUCUCCGCCGACUAUCCCCAACCCCAUCCUUCUUCCUUCAAUUCUUCUAAAUCCCUAUAUAAACUAAGGUUUGAGAGGGACAAAGAGAGGAGGAUAGCUGCCCAUAGGAGGGUCGUGUUGAGAAAGGAGAGCCAGAUUGCGGAACAUUCUAGAAGGCUCAGGGAUAUUCAGACACGUAUCGCUCAAGAAACCGCCACUGCAACACAAACUGCUCAAGACUUGUCCAAUUUGCUUAGGGCCAGACAAGCCUUUGUAGCUUUGAAUGUGUGGCAACCGGAGGUUGUCCGGAUUAGGCAAAAGCAAAUGGUAGAGCAAAGUGCUGUCCCCGCUGAAUGUCGGAUACACGCGCUUGAGAUGGAACUCAAGCUUUGUAAGCAACAGAUUGCUGGGUUGGAGCUGUUCUAUAAAGAUGAAAAGCGCAGGCUUGAUACUGCAAAAGAAGAGUUGGCAUCUAUGAAGUAUCACCCUAUACGGGAGCAUAAGACCAUGAGCAAAGGGGAUAAUGAACAUGUCAAGCGGAAGAAGUUGAAAAUAGGCAAUAGCUGUGAGGAUAAUAUUUUCCCUGCUUUUUUUGCUUGA